UCUUCGCACCGCGUCGAGACGUGGACACGCCUCUUCUGUACGUGGCAGCGACCAAAACUCUGCGAAACAUCAGAAACAUAACGGAGAAAUCUGACGAACCGGCUUCGGUACAUCUGUCUCGAGCUCGCUUGACCACUUUAAUCCCGAAAACGCUGAGGUUUUGCUGGAGGAUGGUGACACGUGUGAAGAUGUUAACGCUGCUCCUGGCGCUGGCGUGUCUCUCCUCUCCUACCCGAGCAGAAAUCUUCACGUCCAUCGGCCAGAUGACAGAUCUGAUCUUCACAGAGAGAGAGCUGGUCCAGUCACUGAAGGAAUACAUCAGAGCAGAAGAAACCAAACUAGAAGCUGUGAAGAGCUGGGCUAAUAAACUGGAUUUGUUGACACGAGCGUCCACAUCAGAUCCAGAAGGAUUCUUGGCUCAUCCGGUGAACGCUUACAAACUGAUGAAGAGACUGAACACAGAGUGGUCAGAGCUGGAGAGUCUUGUGCUUCAGGACCCAUCAGACGGUUUUCUGUCUAACAUGUCAGUACACAGACAGUAUUUUCCUGAUGAAGAAGAUGAGAAAGGAGCGGCGAAAGCUCUGAUGCGGCUGCAGGACACGUAUAAACUAGACUCUGAGAGUUUUUCUAAAGGCACACUGCCAGGUCAGGAGCAGCUCACAGGGGUGCGCUACAGUGCUCUGCUGACAGUAGAUGAUUGUUCUGAUAUGGGGAAGUUGGCCUACAAUGAGAACGACUACUAUCACGCCGUGCUGUGGAUGCAGCAGGCUCUUAAACAGAUGGAUUCUGGAGAAGAUGCCAAGACGCUGAAGGCUGAUAUCUUAGAUUAUCUCAGUUACUCCGUCUAUCAGAUGGGUGACCUUCCACGAGCUAUCGAGCUCACACGACGCCUGGUGGCCAUCGAUCCCGGCCACCAGAGGGCAGGAGGGAACCUACGUUACUUUGAGCGUCUUCUGUCGAAAGAGCUGAGAGACGUGACUCAAGAGUCUGGUGAUGAGCGACCCAUUCAGCUGGACACUUAUGAGCGUCCUAAAGACUAUCUGCCUGAGAGAGAGAUCUAUGAAGCCCUGUGCAGAGGAGAGGGAGUGAAAAUGACUUCUCAGAGAAGCAGCCGACUCUUCUGUCGCUAUCAGAACGGGAACAGGAAUCCACGUCUGCUGCUGAAGCCCAUGAAGGAGGAGGACGAGUGGGACAGUCCUCAUAUCGUUCGCUAUCUGGAGGCUCUUUCAGACGAGGAGAUUGAGAAGAUCAAGGAGUUAGCCAAACCCAAGCUCACCAGGGCCACGGUGAGAGAUCCAAAAACUGGCGUUCUGACUGUCGCCCAUUACAGAGUUUCUAAAAGCGCGUGGUUGGAUGGUGAUGAUGAUCCGGUGGUGGAACGGGUCAAUCAGAGGAUACAAGACAUCACUGGAUUAUCUGUGGACACGGCAGAGCUUCUUCAGGUGGCUAACUAUGGUGUCGGAGGUCAAUAUGAACCACACUAUGACUUCUCAAGGAAAGAUGAACCUGAUGCUUUCAAAUCAUUAGGCACUGGAAAUCGUGUGGCUACUUAUUUACAUUAUAUGAGUGACGUGGAGGCGGGUGGAGCUACAGUUUUUCCAGAUUUUGGGGCCACUAUCAGGCCUAGAAAGGGAACGGCGGUGUUCUGGUAUAAUCUUUUUAAGAGCGGUGAAGGAGACUACAGGACGAGACACGCCGCCUGUCCGGUUCUUGUAGGGAGUAAAUGGGUGUCAAACAAAUGGAUUCAUGAGAGAGGACAAGAGUUCAGGAGACCGUGUGGCCUGACUCAAGCGGACUGAUGGAGGAUUGACACCCGCAGUGUCUCAACAUCAACACACACACCAGAGACCUGAGAGAUCUGUGCGGACGCUUUCUCUCCGUCAGGGAUUCUCUUUUAAUCAAGUGUCAUUAUGAGGAUGAUUUGCUGUUUUAGUGUUUGAUAUUUCUCGAUGGAUGUAAAGUGAUCCAGUGAUGCAUCAUGUCACAGCAGACCACUCUGUGUGUGUGUGUGUGUGUUUAUAUCCUGCAUAAAUUAUUGCUCUGUUCUUUUAAUCCUUGUUUUUAUGUUUGCAAUAAAAGAUUUGAACUUUAA